CCUACCUAAGUCCAAACGAAAAAACACCCAACUUCUAUUCAUUUAAAAAUAGAAAAAUAAAAAUAAAAAUUAAUAACUCAAGAUUCAAGAUUCAGAAACCAGAAAGAGAAGAAAACACGUUGGAAAUCCAACUCUUCAAGCAGUUAGUUACAUACACACACAACACAAAAACAGUUUUAACUUAUAAGGUUUCAAUUUUCAACGAUGAUUAGCUCGAAUUCCAACGGCGAUGACGAGAGCGGCGAUAAAGUGAGAGGCUCGUGGAGUCCGCAAGAAGAUGACACAUUGAGGAGAUUGGUGAAGGAAUACGGUCCACGAAACUGGUCGGUGAUAAGCAACGGAAUCCCCGGCCGUUCUGGAAAAUCUUGCCGUCUGCGGUGGUGCAAUCAGCUGAGUCCCGACGUUCAACACCGUGCUUUUACCCCCGAGGAAGAUAACAUCAUAAUCCAAGCGCACGCGGUUCACGGCAACAAAUGGGCGACGAUUUCUCGUCUUCUCCCCGGUCGAACAGACAACGCGAUAAAAAACCACUGGAACUCUACCCUCCGCCGUCGUCUCACGGAGGCGCCGCUGACUCCUUCCCCCGUGAGUAUCGUGAAGCGUCCUCCAAGCGGUUAUAACGAUUUGUUAGAUCUCCGUUAUCGUUAUAAACGGCCUUGUUUGGAGAAUAACGGUUCUCGUUCACGUGACGGUGAAGAAACGGUUACGGAAGAAGAAGAAGACGUUGGUAACGAUGUGGCCGUUAUGACGCCGUUGAGUUUGUUUCCGCCUGGUGAGAAAUUGUUGAAGGAAGAAAGAGAGAAAAAAGAAGAGAUGAAUAACGGUGUUAAGUUGUCGGGGAAUGAUAGUUUGAGGUCGAUUAUUCAGCGCAUGAUAGCAGAGGAAGUUAGGAAUUAUAUUGAUAACAUGCGCUUUGAUGGGUUUCAACAUGCUCCUGAUUCAACACAUCGAAAGUGAAAAAAAGUUACUGAUGAUUUUUCUUUUAUUUGUUCUGUCAUGACAAUUUCUGAUUUUAUAUAUUUUUGGAGUUCCUUUGGAUGAUUAAUUUUAUUUUAAGAUCUAUAGUUAACAAUUGUUUUCUGAUUUA